AUGAGCGCCACCCCAGUAAAAGAUCGUCUGAAGGCGAAAGCCGAGAAAAAAAGAGAGGAUCAGGCUCACCAUCUUCGAUGUUGCAUGGGCAACGAGAGAUUCCGCCACAAUCCAUUUUGGCACGCAGAUUGCUGCCCGUUGAAUGUGGGCUCAAAAAAUGGGGAAGUGCAAUGCACCCCAAUCCCAUCACCAAGGACUCUCCAAUCGGGACCGAUGCCACCCUCCAAGCCAAUCGCCACCUCCGCUCCCACUCCAGUUCCGAAACCACUUCCCACACCAACGCCGCUCCAAAAACACAAGAGCAUUCAAACGAAUGCUCCACACGGCAAGAAGAUGGAGGAGAAAGUGGAAAAGAUGAGAGGAGUGGUGGAGAAGAUGAAUAAGGAAUUUGAGAAGAUGGAGAGAAAAAUGAAGGAGCAGAAAAAAGCCUACGAAGCGACCAACAAACAAAUAAAGGAUAAUUAUGAAGGAUUCAUCUCCCGCGACGCCGAUCGCCGUCAAAUUCUCGAGGAUCGAAUCAUUGAACUGGCCGAACGCUGUGUCAAAAUGGAAGAGAAAGUCACAAACGAAAAAACCGCACUCAUAAAAAUGGAAGAGGCGAACGCCAAGGAGCAAGAAGCUCUCAAAAAUGAGCUGCUCGCAAGCAAUCAAGCAGUAAACGCUGGAAAACUGCAGAUUCAGCAACAAAAAGAAGAGAUUGCUCACCUUCAACAACAAUUGGAUGCUGCCAAAUUGAAAGAAUUGGAAUUGGCAAAGACAAAUGCAAAUCAAAGUGACGAAAUUCUGCAAUUGAAAAAUGCUUUGGCAGCGUCCACCAUCAAAGAAAAAGGAGCAAAAGAGCUACUGAGCGAUGCUAAUGCUCUGAUUCAAAUCAAAAUGGAUGAGGUUGAAACUCUUAAAAAAGAGCUUCGUUUGAAGACUUUGUGGGAGCAGGCAAAGGAAAGCGAGAGGAGUUCGGUGGAAAUGCUUCAAAAGAAAGUGGAUAUGCUGCAGUUGGAUAACCAGCGUCUUCGGAGCCAACCGGACCCACAAUCCGGCGCGAGUGUCCUCUCAAUCACCACCACCAACACCCGGAUCCCGGUGCAAGCUCCCAUUCGAUGGGCGCAAUCUUCCCUGGCCGACUCUCCAAGAAGCCGACCAACGUCCGGUGGUGUGGCAAUCACCGACUCCGCCGAGCCGUGGAACCAACCGCCGCCGUCAAUUCUUGCAUUGACAGGAGGCGGUUCGGAGUCCUCUGGCUCGGCUCCUCUUGACCUGCACCAACUAUCCACCUCAACCACCGACUCCACAUGGAUCCAAGACCCACUUGCAAUGUUUUCAUCUUUGAUGAACCGCUCUGAGGCCACACCACAGUUUCCCGCAUCGACUGUCCAUUCAUCUUCAUUUUCAAAUGUCACACAACAUAACUUGCAAAAAUAA